GAACGGGAAGUAGGGAGGCUCAGAGAGGGUGACAAGAUUGGGGAAGGACUGCAAUGAGAAGGGGGCAAUUCAGGGGCCUGGGGAGGUGCUGGGGAGGCUGAUGGAGAAAAGGACCAGGGAGGUGGGGGAGAGGGAAGAGACUUAUGGGAGAAAUGUGGAGGACAACUCUAACAAGGCGUCGAGAGGGAGGCAGACAGAGAAUUGGGAAGACCGGGGACAGGGUUUGUUCAGGAGGGAUGAAGAAAGAGCGGCUAUGAGACAUAAAGGGAUGGGGACGGAAGUAAGGAUGCAGGAAAGCAGGAAAUGGGGCGCACAUCGAGUCCCGGAGGUUAGAGGAAAGCGCGUAUCCUUGUGGUCUCAGCCUUCCAGUUCCGCGUUUGCCCCUCGUGGUGCCAAAGAGCAAGAAGCAAGAGUCCAGGGAAAGAGCUGGGGCGUGUGGCCCAGUGAGAGGACCUCGCCCCGUCUUCCUGGACCUCCCCCGACCCGCCUCUCCAAGAUGCAGCCAGAGGUGGAGCCUUUCAGCUCCCCCAACCCGGGCGCCUCCAGUUCGCACCGGGAGUCAGGAUCCCUCGACCUCGAGUCCGUAGAGGAGUCCGUGUAUCGGAGCAUGGGCAGGCCUGCCAAAUCCUCAAAGCAGUACCUUCGGCAGGUCAUCUCAGAAUAUGAGGCGCUGGAUCGGGAGCUCCCAUGUAUCCGAAAGUUCUCAGAACCGCCCUCUGCCCAGCCCCUCUGCCUUUGCAUGGAGACUUCGGAGGAUUUCACGCACCUGGAGGUGCUGCAGGCUCUGGAGGCCGAGCUGCCCGGGGCCAUGGAAAGUGGGCGCGUGAGCAGCAUCCGCUACGAGAAUAUGAAUGUCAUCUGCGGCACCGCGGGCCGCAGGGACAGGUGGCUCAUCACCGUCACAGACUUCCAGACGCGCUCGCGCCUGCUGCGCUCAGGGCUCAACCUCCGAGGAGUCGCGUACCCACUUGUGCGCCACGACGAUCUACUGCUGGGGGACUACCGUUUGCACCUGCGCCGCUCCCUGGUCCGACGGCGCAUGCUCGAAGCCCUCGGGGCGGAGCCGGUCGAGGAAGAUUGACGCACAGCGGGGGCGGGUCCCAGCCGCGCCCCGCCCCCAGGCCCGGCGAAACGAGAGGGCGUGGCCUCCCUAGGAAGGAGGCGGGGCCGGCUCGAGGGGGUGGAUACUGUGAGUUUAAUUAUAAAGAAUGACCUGAUACAAAAGCCA